CACGCUUUAUUUUUUUGUUUAUCGUGGUUUUCGUUUUUUUCUUAAACCAAAUUUUAUUUAUUUAUUUAUUUUUUCUGCGUCGACCCGAAUGUUUAGUGUGGCCGGCCAGACUCCAUUCGGGAAAGUUCGCAGUGCGGGCAGCUGUUUGUGCCGAUGCCGUCGCCGCCGCUAUCACGAGAACCACAAGGAACUGGCGAACAUCCCCAAGGUAUCGUGGCGGAGCGGGCAACAGGAGCAGCCAAGCUGGCUAUAUCGCAACGACCAAGACAAUGACGAACAGCCGCCAAGUUACAAACUGCGCGUCGGUCCCCUGUACGGCAACAGUCACGCCAUGUACAGCAGCACUGAGCGCAGCGCCAAAACCAUUCCGCGCCUAGUCCCAUUUGCAUCCAAUCUUUACAGGGCGCACAUGGAGAUGCUGCACUCUCGCCAGGGCGUUACAUUUAAUCCGUGGUCGCUUCUGCUAGAGCUUUUGGAGGAUCCGCGCCUGUCGCUCAACCCGCGAUACAACAGCAAGCUUUUAAUCGCUGCGGGCCAUCUUGGGUGGACCACGCCGCAGAACGUGAUGGCACAGCGCCCGCUACUAGCACAAUACCUGCUGCGAUCUGAAUGCCUGGCUGUCAACGCACGGUAUGCAAAGGGACUCCCCGAUAGCGUGCUGUUUGCUCAGGAGUCGGCUGACAAGCACGCAGCCGUUGAUCUGACGCCAGCGCAACUAACGACACUCUGCCAGACGCAGUGGCCGCGGUUUAUCGCGCAGAAAUACCAUAGCGCAAUGAUCGAGCCAAUAACAGAGAAAUUGCAGCGGGCGGGCAACGGACUGACGUCUGACGAAUGGAACAGAAACUGGCUUUGUGCCAACAUAAGCAUGCUUGAGCUCCAGUCUGCGUAUGUGAAGCAGCGGACUGUAUUUAAUCGGCGGAUGGAUGCGCGGGACCAGAGUCAACGGCUGAUCCGCGGCUCGCUCGAACACGCGCCCGGUCUGGCACUCAACGUGGUCAUGAGCUGGGGCGGCGACUUGCCUGCGAUCCUCAACCCUUACAGCAUAAUACGCAUGUGCUGCGAAUUUUUUGCCGACAAGGAGACAGCCAGAAGGUCGGUGUCACAAGCGUGGCAGAUGUAUGAAAUGCUUGUCUACCACAACCCUCACUUGCCGGCGCCUGCCUUUUUGAGUCAGACCACGGCCAUGCCCGCGGGUCGCUACUGCGGAGAGCAAGAUGCCUCGCACUCGGCGGCAUCGCUGCUGUUCCGCGCGCUGGAAUCCUUCGAUAGCUGGGGAGAGGCCACACGCUCGCUUGAAACACUUUACAAGGGCCAAAUGUCGGAUUCUGAUUCGAAACCGGACCCGGAUCAGCAGCAGCCUUUGCUCACAGCGUCGGAUCACAAGCUUGUCGAGCGGUUCUUCAAUCUGAAGCUUUUACGCAAGCAACUGCAACCAUUAUGAAAAUACAUACAAUUUAUUACUAGCGCAGCUUUCGCGC